AUGUCUCAGUCGCCUCCGACAAAGUCCAAGGCCAUGUCCAGGUCCAAGCCAGAAUCUACGCCUGGCAUCGUAAAACACAGAGCAUGUGAUGAGUGCCGAACGCGCAAGCUGGCCUGCUCGAAGGAGCCCGAUGGCUGCUCUCGUUGUCGCAAAGAAGGCAUCACCUGCGUCUAUUCAGCGCAGAAACCCAUGGGCAGACCACGGAAGCGCCGCCAUAUCUAUCUCUCGCUCGACUCGCUGUCGAGGCUGCCCGACGACAUUGGCGCCGCGAUGCGCGCUGCACGCAACGCCGCCAAGACGGCGCACAAUCUCAUCACCUGCCCGACGUGUAGCACCCCCUACAUUGACGACCCGUCGAAGCAGGCGCCGAUGCAGGCCUUCCAGAACACCAUGCUCCUCGGCAUGCUGAUUCCGACCGUCGUCAAUGCCUACGUGCGCAUCCUCGAGCUCGUCGACGAGGCCACCGCCGAGGCCAAGGAGAAGGGACAGACGCUGCUCUUCCGCUUCGUCGAGUACGGCGGCCUCUGGGGCGAGCUCGAGGCCAUUGACAAGUUCACGUGCCGCACGGUCGAGACGUACGACAACAAGGAUAUGGAGCCGGACAAGUGGCGCAUGACAAUUCGGGCGGUGCUCAAGAUUGACAUUUACGGCUUUGACGUUGACUGCUCGUCCAUCCUCGACGGGUCGCGCGUCACGCACCGCCACCUUGGGCUCAAGGACGUCAUUGGCCUCAUGGAGGAGAGGUCGAACCACCGGCACGAUCAGAUCGAUGCCAUGGUCGCCGCGGGUCUGCCGCACCCGAUGCAGGGGAACCCGCUGCUGCCGAACAAUCACCGCCCGACGGGCAGCAAGGACGAUCGGAACUGUCUGAAGAUUGUGGAGAUGGCGAGGACAGCCUUGGACAAUCUGAUACAAGGGCUGAAUGCGUCUUCCGAGCAGGCGAUGCAGUUUGCUGCCACCUCGUGUUCAGAGGGUCGCAUUCGCAGUGCAGCCUAG